AAUCAAGUUCCUGUGAGGUUUUUUCUCGUCCUUCUUGUCACUGUAAAUCUGCGACCCCAAUCCUGCGGGGCUGACAGAGCAGGGGAGCAUGGAUGAGGAGGAGGACACCCAUCCUGAGAUGAAGCACUUUUCUCUGCCCUGGCCUCUCCCCAGGUUCCGCUCACACAGUGACACCUCCGGAUUUCGCUCCAGAGUGCUGUUCAGGCUCCGGGGAGCUCGCUCAGUUGAUGGGUUGGAGAAAUCAUCAUCACUGGCCAGCUGCGACGCGGUGGUGGACAGUGCCACCAAUACCCAGAAUGCCCAUGCGUCACGGCAGCAGCGAGGCAAGCUGUCGUCAUUAGGGAAACUGUUCAAACCCUGGAAGUGGAGGAAGAAGAAGACCAGUGACAAGUUUCAGGAUCUUUCCAAAGUUCUGGAGAGAAAAAUCUCCACCAGACAAACGAGGGAGGAGCUCAUCAAGAAAGGAGUUCUCAUUCCUGACCAAGAUGAAACAAUAAGCAGUGAGAAUCUGAACGGCCACGCCACCUCUAGUGUGACAUCAGAGGAGGUCAAAGUGGACAUAGAGUCUCCAGAAACAGUCAAGGAAGAGCAGGCCACAGGGCCCGUCAGCACUGGGGAGAAAACAGAGAGGUGCGAUACUAAACCAGUCACCCGGGCAAAGCAGGUGCGACCUCGAGACGCUCAAGCUAAAAAACAGCAAAGUGCCACUCUGCCCGCCUCGUCCAAACCUGCAGGUGGCACUGCAGCCGCAACGAAGCACAGGGACGGUGCCUCUGGAACUAAAAAGACUGCUAAAACCACAGGCAAGACAGGCUCAAGCUCCACUCAAGCUAAAUCUAACCCGCGGAGCACUAACACCACUAGUCGCGGGACUGCCAAAUCCUCCCAUCCAAAGAAGACAGGACUCACAUCAAAAACAUCCCCUGCCUCCACCGCCACCACCACCACCACCACCACCACCACCACCACCCCUCGCUCUCGUGCGUCUAAGGACUCUACAGCAGAGACCGAUGCAAGGACCAACCGGAAAUCAAACCCUCCCACAUCCUCCUCUGUAUCUCAAAAGGCCCCCGCAGAGACUCCUAGCCAGCCUGGGGAGUUAAAAUCCUCACCCCUUUCCUCAGACGCCAAGUCUGCCUCAUCUAAAGCCUCAGGCGGUGAGACAGAGGGAGCUCAGGCUGCUUCUCCACCUGCUCCGGAGCCUAAAUCUGCUCUCAAAGCCUCUGCUGCAGGUGAGGAAACCCACAAGGCUUCUGAGUCCGCUGUCCAGUCUCCCCAUGUCAACACUGCGACGGAGGACACUUCCUUCACAGAGGGGGAGAAGGGGAGGACGGGAGGGGAGGGAGGAGAAGAGGAAAAGAAGAGAGGAGAAGGAGAGUCUACUGGGGAGAACAGCCCGAGGUCAGCAGAGGGUCAUGGUGAAAGGCCGCAGGGUCUCAGUGUGAACACGGAGCAGGCCGAGGUGACGGUGAUCCCCGAUAGGCCGAGAGACAGCCAAACUAGCGACUCUGACUCUGACGGACCAAUCCUGUACCGCGAUGAGGAGGAGGAAGAGGAGGAGGACGAGUACACAACUAGUUCUCUGGCCAUGAAGAUCCGCCGACGAGACACCCUGAACAUCAAGCUGGGGAACCGACCCAGCAAGAGAGAGCUGGAGGAGAAAAACAUUCUGCCGCGGAGCUCGGAGACGGAGAGACACGAGCUCCGCCAGCAGAUAGGCAGCAAACUAGUCAGGCGCCUGAGCCAAAGACCCACCACAGAGGAGCUGGAGCAGAGAAACAUCCUCAAGCAGAAGAAUGAGGCAGAGGAGCAAGAAGCCAAGCAAGAGAUUAAAAGGAGACUCUCCAGAAAGCUGAGUGUGAGGCCUACGGUGGCAGAGCUUGUCGCUCGCAGGAUCCUGCGUUUUAAUGAGUACGUGGAGGUAACGGACGCCAAGGAUUAUGACCGGCGGGCAGACAAACCCUGGACACGGCUUACUCCCGCUGAUAAGGCUGCUAUCCGUAAGGAGCUGAAUGAGUUUAAGAGCCGAGAGAUGGAGGUUCAUGAAGACAGCAAACAGUUCACCAGAUUCCAUCGGCCCUAAGCGCCAGCUCUCACUGCCAGCUGGACGUCAGCACCACAAGCUCUCCGGUCCGCAGCUCCCAGCAGUCUCCCACAGCCCUCCCCGACCCUCAGUACACAGCUCAGUCCACUUGCUUUGGGAUCCUCCCGCUCCUGAUGAUGUAUGACUUAUGUCUGUCUAUAGUGACAGCUACAGGUGUGCCUUAAGGCCUUUUGGCCAUCCAUGGACACCAGUGAAGCAUUUGCACAUAUCUAUAGUCAGAACAGUGGUGUGUCUAGCGCUCUGAUUAGAUUAUUUAUUAUGUAUAUGACCAGAACCUGCGGGUAUAUGAUGUUGUGUCUUUGUUGUGGUUCACUUCAGGCCAUGUCACGAGAGGUUCCAGGGAGGAAACAUUGGCAGAGUUACCCUCUUAGUAGUGAAUGUGGCUCAGUUGUACUACAGAGUUUGUAUACUUGCCAAGGUAUGUCUGGUCAUACAGCCAAAUGGCCAUAUAUGGGCAUCCUCCCAGAACAGGAAGUGGGAGUGAUUGGAUGGUUGAGUGCUGUUGUCAGUGCCUAUGUCAUAGAUCAGAGGGGAGGAGAGGCAGUUUGUUCUGCUCCGAUGUGCCUCUCGGAGCUGAAUCUGAAAUACUGCGGUUCAUUUUUAGACAUAUUAAAAGUAUAUUGCCACUAGAGGGCAUUAUAUCAUAAGAGUUAUCGACUGUGAGGAUGAAGAUGUGUAUGUAGAUGAAGAGCAAUCUGCGAGUGUUAUAUUUAUAACUACUGAAGCUGAGGGAUCGGUGGGCACCUGAGGCUCUGAUAGUGAAGUGCAAUGGAAAUCACUCCCAAUUCCAGCCAGUUCUAAUCUCUCAGCACUCAUCCUGAUGAUACACGGUGAUCAUGCACCGUCAUAUAUCUUGUGCUGAGUUAUUUAGUGCAAACCUCUGAUCACAAAGUGCUGGACUUGCUGUUUAGAGGAUCUGACAGUUUUUCAUGUUAGGCUUUUUGCUGAAGCGCUCACUCGGAGUGACUUGUUGCCAAAGAAAAAGCAGGUAUUUGAUUGUAUGCUGGUUUUCUUAUUUGAAAGUUUUGAUAUUGUCUGGCGGACUCCCGAUGGUGGUUUUAUAAAUAGAGAACAGGCAGUGAGAGUUCCAGCACUAAAGCAAUCAACAGGCCUCUCGAAGAAGUGGAGAAGUACUUUAUUUUUCCAUUUUCGUGAACGUGCUUUUGCAAUUUCAUCCGUCUGCAGCCUGUGAUAGAUAUGCUGACAAGUGGUCCUUUCACACCUUGCCCUAACAUGCACCUUGAAUCCAGUGGUUAUGAUCUGGUUUUAUCAACAUACGGUUUUAUACAGUUUUCUCUUUGAUCCUGAAAAUUUAAAGGAACUGCUCAACUUUUUGGGGAAAGCACUGGGGCUGAAACAAUUAGUUGAUGAACAAAAACUUAAUCAGCCACUGUUUUCAUAAUCAGUUUAUCAUUUCAUUCUUUUUUUUUUUAAAGCAAAAGGCCAAAAAUGUGACAAACAGGCAGCAAUUGAUUGUCUUUUUUAUCAUAUAUGAAGUUGAAUUUAAAUCUUUCAAGAUUUUGAGUGGUCAAAUAAAACAAGCAAUAUGAAUCAUAUUUGAAUAUGUCAGCUAUGGGAAGUGAUAACAGACAUUUUUCAUUAUUUUCUGACUUUUAAUAGAUGAAUCAAUUAUUCAGGUAUAAAGAAAAUAAUUAACAGUCAACAUAAUCAUUAGCUGCAGUGCUGAAAUGCAUUUAUUCACAUUCUGGCUGAGUGUUAGCCAGCAGGUGAUUAGCUUAGCUUAGCAUAAACACUGGGAGCAGGGGCAAACAGCUAGCCUGGCUUUUCAUAUUUUGGUUUUUGCACACAUUAAAAAGACAAGUUGUUUAUUAAGGGGUGAUGGUAGACUUUUUUUUUAACGUUUUAACUGAGGCUAGCUGUUUUUCUUGUUCCCGUCUUCAGUCUUUAUUCUAAGCUAGUUGUAGCUUCAUUAAAAGUGCACAGACUUGAUACCCCCAGCAGGUGAUUCACUUAGUUUAGCAUAAACACUGGGAGCAGGAGGAAACAGGUCACCUGGCUCUUCACAUUUGUUUUUUUUUUUUUUUGUUUGUUUUUUGGGUUUUUUAACCCUAGCUGUUUCCUUUGUAUCCAGUCUUUAUGCUAAGCUAAGCUAAUCACCUGCUGGUUGUAGCUUCCUAAGUAGGGCACAGAGAUCAGAGCGGUGUCGAUCCUCUCACCUUAGUCCAGGCAAAAAUGUGAAUAAGAGCUUUUCCCAAAAUGUCGAACUAUUUCUUUUACAUCACAUAGAAGGCAAAACUAAAAUAUGAGUAUGUGUUAUAGUAAUCUAAUAAGGGCUCGUACACAUGCUGCAUGUUUUGCACCCUUAAAUCCAUUGUUUUCAAUGUAGAUUUGCAGAAGGCAGAAAGUCAAAAGUAAGAGCGACACCCUGUGAUAAAUUAAGUUCAACUUUGGGAAUGCAGCAAUGUGCACAGCAUGUCAUGUGAUGGGGAACAACCAAUCACAGCUGGUAGAUAUCUGCCCUUCCUCCUUUAAUGAUAGAUAUGGAGUAGAAGUUGAUUAUUUUAGCGCAGGUCUACCCAGAGCUUUACAUCUGUCCCAUGGAUGACAUGUAAUGCUUCAUAUAUACUUGAAAAACAAAAUGUCUGGAAGAAGAUCAGCUCUGAACUCAGGAUGUCUAGUAGGCUAUGAUGCAGUGCUGGUUAUGGUCGCUUAGCAACAUCAGGCGCAACCUGCUACAGUGCCUUGAAAGUUGGCACAGAGUAGGCACAAGAGUAACACCCAGCACCCGACCUUGCGUUUUCCAGAAAGCAAAAGAUGCAGCAUGUGUCCCAGCCCUGAGCAGGAACACAGGAGGUUAUACAUUUUUUAUAUUCCAGUACUCUUUGAGAUUAAAUUUGGAUUUUGUGCACUCUUGGCAAGAUGUUUAGACUUUCAUAAGUCUGAAUUAAAUUUCAUUGUAAGGAGAUUAAAUACAAAUGGAGAACACAGUCAGCUGCACAACAACUUGAUUACACUCAAAGGGAUUUCCCUUUGUUUAAAUGCGCAGAUACACAGAUCCUCAGUGUGUGUUGAUUUAUAGUUUGUUGGCGACAUGGCUGAGGUGAUUUGGAUUCACCUCGGUGCAUCUAUAGAUUUUCUGCCUCAACAUGCUCCAGAUACUCAAGAUGUAUGUUAAUGCAAGAUGUAAAGGGGAUCAUUCAGUAAUGAUAAGAAAGCUCAGAUAAGUCAAAGGUGAAAUGUGAAAGGACAUGAAAGCAGACAGAGAACCUGAAACUAUAACUCGCCAUCAGAAAUAUUUUAGAAGCUGGGAGAGAAUAAAACACCAUGAUGGCUCAGUCAUUGCCGCGGAUGUUCAUAGAAAUACCAAACAAAAAUGUUUUUUCCCUCCCAGCACUACGAAGGAAAUUCGGGCUGAAAAGUUACUGACAGAUUGAGCUUGCUGACGUCCAAAGGCUUGUGUGCUCACAAUAGACCUCCACAACAGUCGUCACUCGUACAAAAUAGUAUCCAAAAAAGGACUGAUUUCUUCUCUCUGCUUCUGAAUGUGCGGAGGUUGAAAUGGUGUACAGCGAUGGAAAAGAACCAACAGUAUUCAUUCAUGUCAAUGUCUAUGUUGUUAUAUAUAAUGAUUAUUUUGUACAUAAUGUAUAUCAAGCAUGUGCAUACAUUGAAAUCAAUUUUACUACAAGUAUGAUACAGUAGAACUUUGAUGUGAAUGUUUUAAGCUCUGAUUUUAGUCGUCUUAUUUUUUUUUAUCAUCCCCAGAAAAUAAUAAUGAAAUGAGGAGUUCAGUGCUGUUUAUCAUACCAAGCACAGUUUGUUAAAUAACUGUCACGUCUUUACCAAACCUACCUGUUUCCUAAACAGACCAUUACAUUACACACACUGCUUAUUUCAUAUUCGCUUCCACCUUCACUCUAACUGAAGUCAGCAGGUGCGACGCAGCAGGUAUUUCAUGGAUGGAGACUAAGUUUAAAAGCAGUUUAUAAUCCUUUCUGGACGUCGCUUUUGAUUUAUAUCUUCAGAUGGCCGUUGGUCAGCUUGCACAAAGUAGAAAAAAACAAACAGGAUGUGACUUGAAAUUUAAACUACAUGAGUUUAAGCACAGUAUUAAGUCUAGCUGCAUUUUAAUAGUAAGUAAAUAUGAGUCCAUGUAAUGGAAAAUGUGCUUCUAUAAAAGAGAACAUAAUGCAGCAAAUACUGUAAUAAAAAUUUUAGAUGCACAAAUUAAAAGUCUCACCAGGUGGAACAGAUUUGAUCCCAUCAUGGCUGAGUACUCAUUAAUAUGCUGCUUUCAUCUCUGUAAAAAAGACAAGUUAAUCUCUACAGCAUAAAAUGGAAAAAUGUCCUUUUUGCAUUUUAUAAGCAGUAUAGUCAGUGAAGAUGGUAAAUGGCUAUGCAGGUGUAAGCAGAUGACAUUUAAAGACAUUUAAAGCAGCUAUAACCUGUAUUUUUGUUCUAAUUUAUUAAGAAACAAUAUGUGAAAACAGUGUGGCAAUGCGACAGGAGUUGCUCAUAGUGAUCCUACAGAGAAUCAUCACCUGAUUCUGCAGCUCCCCUCGGCUUUACAGAGCUUAAUAGUGAGUUUCACCUCAUGGUUUCGCUGCUGAGUGUGCAACUUUACUGUUUCCAUUUAGUUUCACUGCUCUCGUAGAGUUGUUUUCAGCUGCAGGAGGCAGGUGUUUUCAGUCAAAACACUCUAAAAACCCUCUGUUUCACUGCGUUCUCAGCACCAAACACCAGUCAGAUACAAGGUAUGUUUCCAUCCUUCUGUCUUUUUGUGCAGUUACAAUAUGUGCAUAAAGAAACCUGAGUGGAAACACCAAAACUUUAAACAUUUUUUUAAAUAUCCUAAAAUAAUUUUGUGUUGGGGGGAGGUGGAAAAGUUGUUGCAUUGAUAAAAGUUAAAUGGAAACACUGCAGUGGCAUUUAAAGACCUUUAAAGUGGCUGCAGUACAAUGGAAAGAGAUUCAGGAAGUAAAUGAUGAUGUAGAGUCAUGACGUUGUGUCAUUGCGUAGGCCACUGCAGGCUCUAUUUGUCAUCUCUGGAUGGCUUUUAACAUGCUUACAUAUGCACACAGGGCUUCCAAGAGCACAAAGCUGUAAUAUUAGUUGUUAAAAUCCCUCUAUUUCCACAGCCCAGUGUGUUCUUCAUAUUAUACAUCCAUUGUUUCCCUUUGUUUGAGUUGUGACUGUCUCUAUUUUAAAUGAUAUCAUCUUGUUGCACCCUCUUUUCCUGCAGUGACACCUGACUUAAACUUUCUGCUACAUUUUGAAGAGAGGGGAGCAUUUGGCAGCCAAAGAGCCAAAAACAUCGUUCAGGAAGUGAUGGAAACUAAAAGCAGAGUUAAAAUAGUGAAUAUCAGAUUGGAUACAUGUUCCAGUUGGGCCGAAACUCGACUCCAGUUGAAUGAUAACAUUACUGCGUAGCUGCUGGAUGGAUCGGAUAAGUUAUAAUCAAUGACAAAAUACAUUAAUACACACUUCAAAAAUGUCUUUAUAUUUGCUUACAGCUACAUUAUAGUGUGGUACAAACCAUUAAUAAAGUGUUUGUAUACUGCUUAUAAAUAAAUGACUAGAAAGGUUGAAAUUAAGAAGCUUUAGAAAUCUUACUUUUAAAGCACAGGUGAUUUUAUAAUGAAACUACUAGCUUAAUUCUGGUCUCUGUCACCACAUUUUUUUUCUUUUCUGCAACACUGAUGCAUAAACACAUCUUUACAUAUUUUAAUCCAGAAACUGAUUAAACAUCUGGACAAAGCAGUUGAGAGUUUGGUAGAGCCUUGACAGUUUGUGUUGCCAGUCAGUAUUAAUCACAAGGAGCGCGUCCUGUAAAAACUUUAAUGGCUGCAGUCUGUUUCAUCUCAUCUUGUGUGGAACUGUAACAUCAACACGAUAAACCUCCUGAGACCCAAAGAAAAGUUGUAACACACCCCACAUUUCUUUACAUCACCUAUAACAUGGAAUACGUGAAAUUAAAGAUACAUAUAUUUCUUUAAACAUUAAAAAUGGACACUUUGACACUUAACUAUUCGCAGCUGCUGCUGUUAAAUUUGCAGUACUGGAGGCUUCCACCAGUUCAUGAAAAUGUUUACAUUUGAGGAAGUCUGCAGUUGUAAUGGUGCUUCCUUUAUCACACACAAACCAAAUCCCCCCAAAUCAGAAAGCCACAGUCAGACUGCUGCUGCUGCUGUUGUUGACCAAGAGCUUACAUCUCCGUUAUUUUGCCUUUUCUUGAUCAUGUUAAAUUCACAGUAAGAUACUGGGAUUUACUGGGGAUUCACAAGUGUCAGUCACACUAUAAACCCUCCAACUUUGCAUUUACAGUCACUGAAAUGCAUUGAUUUUUUUUUUAAUUGAUCUCUGAAGUCAUAGGAUGAUGUCAUAUAUCAGCUACUGUUAUGUCCAAACUGUGUAUAUUGUUUUUGUAUAUAAAGAAUGAUGGGAAAACAUCA